UCAGUCUCAAGAAGAUAUCCAGUGAUAUAAAACAUAGUGACGGUAACGAACUGCGGUCAAAGUAUUUGUCGGCAAGCUUUUACUUAUUUGCUGAUCCGAUGUGUGAAGAAGUGUACAUAUGUACUUGUAUUUCUUUAUCGGCUGGCGAUAUUGACUGCUAUCGUGCUUUUGUCCAGCAAAAUUACUACAAUAAAUCGGCAUAGGCUACACUCAAUUUUAUUCAUCUACUUUCCGUUUGUAUCGGUUUGUUGUGCGUUUCUCAGUAGCAACCAACAACGUAAAUGAAAUUACAGCAAAUGCUAAGUUAUAUUUUUAAACAAACAAGAUCUUCAAUAUAAGUUACAACAACAGUGCUUAAAUCACGUACAGCGAACAGUAAUCAGAGUUGAAAGCAACAGCUAAUAGUGCGCAAGCAGAAUGAAAGAAGGCGAUGGAAAUGAAAUGAAUUAAAGUAAAGCUUAAUAACCGGCGCGCUUAUUGUGAUAUUUUGCACAUUUAGAGCCAAUUCUAAGUAAAUUUUUCUCAGCUGUAGUAGCAGUGAAAAUGCAAAAUACAGGCACAUGCGAAAAAAUAAGAAAAAGUAAGCGGCAACAGCACAGCAAUAAAAGCAACAACAACAACAGUGUACAUUUAGUUGUUUACAAUUGAGGCGGUAAGUCGUCUCUGGAUCACCGAUAAACACAAAAACGUCUACCAAAAGAAUGAGAUACAAGAUCUGCAGAUUUAACUGUGAACCACUGAAGAAAUAAGGCACAAAAACUCAUACUUACAAUAACCAAUUGUAAAUAAAAUACACAAUCAUAAAUAAUUUUUCGACUGACUUUGAAUUAACCAAAUACGAGGAGGUAGUAGCAUAAUUAAGAAAAAAUGAACGUAAAGAAUUAAAACCUAAAUUUAAAAUAUACAAAUAAUUAAAACUUUUAAUAAAAAAUAUUAAAAUUUAAAAUUAAAGCAUUUACAUAACUAAUUGAAAAAAUAAUUAAAAAAAAUAACUAUAGCUAAAAGUUGGCAUAAAACCAGUUAAGAAUUUAAAGAAUCAAAGAAAUAAAAAAUAUACUUAAACUCACAAUAUUACAAGUACAUAAGCCAUAAGGAAAUUUUGUAAAAAUAUUUAACGCAGCAUAAAAAAUUCUCUAUAAAACCAACCUGCAAUUGAUGAAAAAUCACAACAGCAUCGAUGUUACAAGAAAAUAAAAAAAUUUUAACAUCAUUUUCGAAUAAUAAAAAUUAAAAAUUGAUGAAAACCAUACAAGCCUAAGGCACCAAACAAAAAAAAAAAACAAAAAAAAACCGGAGCAUAAAGUAAAUAACAGCUGACAAAAAUUGCAAAUAAAGUAAACUGAAUAUGAAACUCUAUUGAAUUACAAAUUUUUUAGUAAUGAAUUUAAUUAAAAUUCACUGCACGUCUUUAAUGAAAAAUAUUUAAAUAGAAGAAAAAAAAAACAAUUACUCUAUUGAAAUACAAAUUUUUUAGUAAUGAAUUUAAUUAAAAUUCACUGCACGUCUUUAAUGAAAAAUAUUUAAAUAGAAGAAAAAAAAAACAAUUACUAAUUACAGCACAAAAAAAUUUAUAACUAAAACUUAUAAUUUUUCAGUGUAAUUUUCGUUGCAAAAUAUGUGAAGCUAAAUCGCACAUGUAAACCAAUAAACUAAAUAAAUUGACCAAAGUAAAAGUUUGUGAUAAUAAAAAAAACAAAAGUAAAAUAUUUAUUAAAUUAUUUAAAUUAAAAAGUAAAACUUCCUUAUAUCGAUAGCUUUGGCAUUGCAUUAAUGGUGUCUAAGAAUAUAACCUACACUUACACUACACUACAACAUCCUUUCACAAACACGAGCACAACAACACCACCAACAAAAACGGCUAAAGAAAAGACACGUACACUACACGUAACACUGGGAGACGAAAAGAUGGCGGUAGCAAAAUCAAUAAAAAUGUACCUGACCAUAUUCGUGGCGACCACCUGCAUCUACAUGGUGCUGUAUCAGUACCAUUCGUCGCGACAGCCGAUACCGCAAUAUAUAAAGAAUAAAGACAUUUCAGCUGAAGCGGAUGCUACUGCUAUCGCGCGAAAAUAUAAUUCAUUUUUAUGGUCACCAAUGUCGUUGUUUAGCGCGCGACAACCACAACAGCAGCAACAACAAGCACAGGAACAACAACGGCAACUGCAAGCAGAAGACGAGCAAGAACAACAAUCAAUCAGCGAAAAGCAAUCAAAUGCAACUACCUUCACAACUACGCAAACAGCCUCGAAUACAGCAACCGCACCACCGCUAUCAUCACCAUUACAAGUAGCCAUAACACAUAGUUCCACAUCAAACUCAUCUACAUCAUCUACAUCAGCAUCAUUAGCAUUAUCAAACUCAUCCACAUCCACAUCUACAGCAAUAGCCACAGCAUCGCGUUCCCUCGGCGCUCGCCAGCAAUUGCCUACGCGAAAUAAUGUGGCGGUUGACAAUUUGUUGAACAAGCGUGCUCAACUAGCAGUUAUUUUGAAUAGCACAACAACUACAACAACAGUUCGCACAACCGAGCGAGCAGAGAAAGUUACUGCUAACUCAUCGCAGGCGGUUUUGGCGGAUUCAAGUAUUUCAUCGCGCGCAGCUGCUGGAGCAGUUGUCAAAGACACACCUCCAUUACCCCCGCCACUGUAUAUUAUAACGCCAACCUACAAGCGCGUCGAACAAUUGGCGGAAUUGACAAGACUCGGUUAUACGUUAAAGCAUGUGCCGAAUUUGCUGUGGCUCGUCAUAGAGGAUGCGAAUCAAACGUCGCCGCUGGUGUUGCAGACACUUAAUCGCAUUGGUGUGCCUUUUGAAUACUUUCUAGCGCCCAUGCCGGAGGAGUAUAAACAUACGAAAAAGGCCAAGCCGCGUGGUGUUUCGAAUCGCAAUCGUGGCUUGGAUUAUAUACGCGCCAAUGCGACUAGUGGCGUCUUCUACUUUGCGGACGAUGACAACACUUAUGACAUCUCUAUAUUUGAGCAAAUGCGCUACACAAAGAAGGUUUCAAUGUGGCCUGUGGGGCUGGUCACUAAGUACGGCGUAAGUAGUCCCAUCAUACAGGACGGCAAAAUCACUGGUUUCUACGAUGGUUGGAUAGGCGGGCGUAAGUUCCCUGUCGAUAUGGCUGGUUUUGCGGUGAGCGUGAAAUUUUUGCACGAGCGACCGGAAGCAAAAAUGCCUUUCAAACCAGGCUAUGAAGAAGAUGGCUUCCUAAAGAGUUUGGCGCCAUUAAAUUUAACAGAAAUCGAGCUGCUAGCAUCCGAUUGCACAGAGAUCUUAACGUGGCAUACACAAACGAAGAAGAACUCAAAUGCUUCGGCGCUCAAUAUGACAGCGUAUGGCAGUACGAAUUUAGUGAUGCUGGAUAAAUUAUUAGUACGCACGUAACAUGGGUAAAAAAUAAGUAAAAGUGUGUUAGAAAAGUAAAACCGAAAAGAAGUAAGGCGCAACAGUGAAAUGCAAGCAAACAGUGAAGGCGCAAGCAAACUGAAAUUACCAAAAGAAGCAAAUAAAUAUUUAAAAGGCGUUGCAAUGCUUUAUCAACACUUUACUGCUGCAAACCCUUAUCAAUUCUGCAUAUGUGUAUGUGCGUAAACCAUCUUUAUUUUCUAUGUCUGUAGUUUGUAAGCGUAAUUUUCGACUUUGAUUUCCAAAAGUGUGAUUAAAUAAAGAGUGAGCACAAAAAGCGAAAAAUUGUAUGUAAAUAUAUUAGUUAGGCAUUUCGAAGUUGUACAACUAAUUUCUAAAUUUAAUUACUAUAAUAAACUAUUUGUAUGAUGCAUCCUUAUAUUUAAGUAAAACUACCAAAGCGUAUCUGUAUUUAGUCAUUGAUUGUAAAUAAGUUGACGUAGAAGGGGCGGAACCUCCAAUAUUUGUAUGACAGGGACAAUUAGUGUUAAUGAAAAUUUUGUAAAAUGCGCGAUUUUAACUUUAAUUAAAGUGAUAAUUUCGUAAUUUUGUAGCCUCAUAUCAUUAAGUGCGUAUGUAUGUACAAGUACACUAUUUUUUAAGUUAUUAUAAUUUGCGCUUUGAUUUAGCAACAACAGGUCACACAUAUAAGUAUACUAUCAUUUAUAAGUAAUAAAAAACUGAACGCACUGAAAUAUUGAAAACUGACAAA